GGAGCUCCAUUGCGACUGUAGAAGGUUGUGAAAAGACCAGAUAAGCCACUCUGGGAAUGGGACCACAAAUCAGAAGCAAGAAGAACUUUGCCUGCUUUCGGGUGCUCACACUCCGAAGACAUCUUUUCAUCCAACGCGAAUGAACUAUUCCUCCGCAGAAUAAGCAACAGGUGUAACAAAAUCCCAAAUGGAAUAAAGUUGUUUUGGUUUCUUUAUUUGGCCAAAUAGGCAUGUAGCCGGUAAGUUUGUAAUUACAAUUUUCUUUGAAUUGAAGAUUUUAGAAUAUAACAAUUGGCUUUUAAAAACAUUCAUGACGUGUUUUUUUAACUGACGUGUGGAGACCAUUAGUUGUGCUCUAGAAUAAAGCAACGGAAGUCUUUUGUUAGAAAGGCUGAGAUUUGUAAAGGUGCGUCUCUGGAGCCUGUGGCGUAUGGCGCAAAAAGGCGUUGGAGCAAGCAGAGAGCUUUAUCGGUUUCCGUCCGAGGUCGCAAUGGCAAAGUGGUUCAAGGAGUUCCCCAUCAAUCUGAAGAAUGGUACUGACAGGAUCCGCUCAGCCUCCGAGUCAGGCUCGCAACCCAAAGCCACUAAAACCGGGCUGGUGGCCAGCAUUGGUACCAAAACAGCUGGCUCCAAAACGGGCCAUCGCAAAAGCUCAUCUGGGGACCACACGGCCGGAGCGGCCGGAGGAGUCGGGUCCCUCCUGUCCGGAAGAAACCGAAAGAACUCCGAGUUGAGUCGAAACGGGACCAUCUCCCCGAAAGAUGGGAAGGUUUGGGAGAACUUCCUGUCUGGGAAAAGUCGCAAAAACUCGAAAGCGGAGCCGGUGGCCGAGGAGCAGCACAGACCCCUGAAAAGCUCCAACGGGUUCAUCAACCGGCUGAUCAGGGUGGACAAGCAGGACAAAAGCCCCAACUUCAACAGUGCCACCAUCACCAAUCAGGUGGCACCUGAAGCGGAGAAACCAGCCCAGUGCAAGUCCGAGGCGGUGAUCAUCCUGGAGGAUUACGCAGAUCCCUUUGAUGCUCAGAAGACCCGAGAGCAAAGGGAGGCAGAGAGGGUGGGGGAGAAUGACGGGUACAUGGAGCCUUACGACGCCCAGCAAAUGAUAACUGAGAUUAGACGUCGGGGGUCUAAGGACCUGCUGAAGGUGUGUGUGGAGGCAAGCGAGGAAACGGGGGAGGACGGUCAGCCCGUCUCCUUACAGAUAUACGACGUGCCGUACGAGGGCGGCAGCGAAGGGGACAAGGCGGCGGUCACGCGCCCCGAGCGGGAUUCCCGUCCCCCCACUGAGUAUGAGCUGCUCUGGGAGUGGAGGAAGGAGCGUACCGUCAAAACUCUGUCAGCACAGUUUGACAGCCCUGAAUACCAAUCCAAAGAGGAGACUCCUCACCCCACUCUCACCAGGCAGCCCCAGAAUCCGCUGGCCCAGCCUGCGCAGCAGCAGCAGCACCUGAGGCAGAAAAGCUGGACGCAGAAGAUCCUGCGGUCCUCCCCCACAACGCUGCCGCCCUCCUGCACCCCCGGGGGUAUCCCAGACGCAGAGGCCUGCUGCGUCGACCCCUGCUUGCCCCUGGAAAAGCAGAGCUGGUACCAUGGCUGUGUGACCCGUCAGGAGGCGGAGUUUCAGCUGCAGCCCUGCAGAGAGGCCAGCUUCCUUGUCAGGAACAGCGAGUCGGACAGCAGCAAGUACUCCAUCGCCCUCAAGACGAGCCAAGGCUGCGUCCACAUCAUCGUGGCCCAGACCAAAGAAAACGGCUACACCCUGGACCAGAGCAGGUGCGUGUUCGCCAGCAUCCCAGAGGUGGUGCACCACUACUGCUCCCGCCGCUUGCCUUUCGACGGCGCUGAGCACAUGACUCUGCUGCAUCCAGUGCCUCGCGCCCACUGACUCCACCCGACCCCAGCUUAGGUAUACACAAACUAACGCAUCCCUCGGAUCUGGAGGUGCACAAUGUCUGCAAUAAUCAGUGUGUAUUUCAACUGCUCCGUCUCAUUUUAGAACUUGACUGCGUCACGCCACUUUGUGUUAUUUCGGAUGACUUUGUUAUUUUCAUGUUAAUAUCAGAAAACAUUUGAGAGGCUCACUCUUUGUCUCAGUAGAUGCCUCCCUCUGUCUUACUUUGAUCUUCAGCUCUGAUGCAAAACAUCCACUGCUGUUUUGAAUGUGAGGCGAGGAGGCGAUUUUAAUAAUGAAAUGUGAGUUGGAUUAGGACCAAGUCUCUAGCCCCGACGUUUUAAUUAUCCAGUGCGGCUGUGCACGUGAUGUGUUUUGUUAUUAUUGCUGAGGGAAAGUUACUAUGAGGCAGAAAGGUCUUCUGACAUUGAGUGAACGUCAGUAGUUUGUGGCUUUUUCUCCCCCUCUGGUGGAGGUGCUGGUACACUACACCAACACGCCGACACAAACAAGUCCCUUCUUCUCAUCUAAUUAACUGGUAAAAUCCAAACACAAGCAUAUUGUCACACUUGUUAAGAACAAAAAGCAGCUAACUUAGUAUAUUUUGCUUGCAGUGUGUUUCUAAUUUAUGCUCUUAUAGUUGUUGAGUGUAACAAACGCCCCUUGAGGAUUUCCUCUGUUUUACUGUGAAGGAGCGAGUUGUUUCCACUGUGUUAUCUGCACUGUGAACAGUUAGUGAUUCACCCUGAUGCAAUGUGCUUAACGGCGUUACAAUUAUUUGGGUGUUUCUCGAGAAAAACUGAUACCACACAUUUUCAUCUCAAUGGCCCGGCCCGUUUGUGUUAAGGGAAUGCUUGCCAAUCAAACCAGCUGAUUAUUAGGAUUUGUGGUGAGAAAAUAUUGUAAAAUGAAUGGGGUUUUUUUUGUCAGUGUUCUUUAAUUUUACAUAUAAAUACCAGAAAUUAAUGACCAAAAUGGCAGUAAAAUGUAACUGUAAAAAAAAAUUGUUCAUUCAUACCUGCAAUGCUUUCUCCCUCAGGGUUUAAUGCGCCUUGGUGCUAAGAGGCAGACCACUGAAAUAGUGAUAACUAUAUUAUUGUCACUUGAGUCUUAUUUUUUGUUGUUUAGUCUAACCCAAACUUUUGCCAGGUAUGUGUCUAUGUAAUUUAGAGAUGUUGGAAAUCAUUUAGACAACUCUGAUCUGUAACAAAGCCAAGAUGACAAUAAAAUAUGGUUUAAUUAAGCCUCACUUGUGUAUUAAGUUAUCUUGUUUUCGAGGUCUUCCUGUUUUUUUUUUAUCUCUUCAAAGCUUUAAGCCAGAGCACUGAAGUAGACACAAGGACACACACCUGCAAUGCAUAUUUCCCUGCUCUUGUUGACUUUUACUCUGUCCGGACCUGUUAUUCAGAAAUUGUAAAACAGAUUAGAAUAAA